AUGGCAGAAUCUGGGUCCUUGCCCACCGGCUUCGGGGAGCUGGAGGUGCUGGCUGUGGGGAUGGUGCUGCUGGUAGAAGCUCUCACCGGCCUCUGCCUCAAUAGCCUCACCAUCCUCUCUUUCUGCAAGACCCCGGAGCUGCGGACCCCCACCCACCUGCUGGUGCUGAGCCUGGCUCUGGCGGACAGUGGGAUCAGCCUGAAUGCUCUCGUGGCAGCCACAUCCAGCCUCCUCCGUGUCUCCCACAGGCGCUGGCCCUAUGGCUCCAACGGCUGCCAGGCUCAUGGCUUCCAGGGCUUCGUGACGGCGUUGGCCAGCAUCUGCAGCAGCGCAGCCAUCGCCUGGGGGCGCUAUCACCACUACUGCUCGCGCAGCCAACUGGCCUGGAAUACGGCCAUCUCCUUGGUGAUCUGUGUGUGGCUGUCUUCUGCCUUCUGGGCAGCACUGCCCCUCCUGGGCUGGGGCCACUAUGACUAUGAGCCGCUGGGGACGUGCUGCACCCUGGACUACUCCAGGGGGGACAGAAACUUCACCAGCUUCCUCUUUACCAUGGCCUUUUUCAACUUCUUCGUGCCUCUCUUCAUCACAUUCAUAUCCUAUCGGCUCAUGGAACAGAAACUCAGAAAGACUGGCCACCUCCAGGUGAACACCACUCUGCCAGCCAGGACACUGCUGUUCGGUUGGGGCCCCUAUGCCCUCCUGUACCUAUAUGCCACCAUCGCGGAUGUGAGCUCCGUCUCCCCCAAGCUGCAAAUGGUGCCGGCCCUUGUUGCCAAAACGGUGCCCACGAUCAAUGCUAUCAACUAUGCCCUGGGCGGCGAGAUGGUCCACAGGGGGAUUUGGCAGUGCCUCUCACCUCAGGGAAGCGGGCUGGACCGAGCCCGGUGA